AUGGCAGGCAGCUCCUCGCCCUGGAUCGGCAGUGCUUACCUCUUCCUCCAGUCCACGUGCGAGGCCAUCGCUCUGCCGGCUCUCUACGAAAGCUCCCAGCAGAAACCCAGCGUGUUCAAGGCGCUGAAGCUGGCAUUAGCAGACUCCACCGGGAGCGCAAACGGCGUGGAUGUGCUCAAAGUGCACUGCAGCCAGCCCCACCUGAUCGUCCAGCUCAAGUUCUGCAAGCGGGAGAACUGCCGCCGGUUCCUGCGGAGUUACCGGGAAGGAGCGCUCCAGGAGUCCCUCCAGAACCACCUCCAGCUCUUCUUGGCCGUGACCACGGUGCCUCUUGAAAUGGAGCUGAAGGCUGGCAGCGAGCACCUUGACAGCAUGCUGAAGGACGAGGAUCGCUGCCUAGAGUGCAUCUACAGGGAAAAGCCCGACCGCCUGCGGGACGAGGAGAUCACGAAGCUGGAGGAUUGCCUCAAGAGCCUCAGCCUUCACUGGAGGAGCAACAACAAUGUGGCUGUGAAAGACCAUGCCUCCCUGCACCCCCCAGCUCUACCUUCUUCUCCAGGCAGCUCCCUUGCCCCACAAGCCACCUUCUUCUUUCAGGGACAAGAGUUCGCCAACAGAACGCUCACACCCGACGACCACCAGAAAUUUGCCAAGCUGGUGUCCAAGAAAUGGAAGCAAGUGGGUCGCUCUUUGCAGAAGAGCUGCCGGGCCCUGCGGGAUCCUGUCAUUGAUAACCUGGCCCUCGAAUAUGACCGAGAGGGACUGUAUGAACAAGCCUAUCAGAUGCUUCUCAGAUUUAUCCAGUCAGAGGGGAAGAAGGCCACAAUAGCACGGCUGAUCCCAGCCCUGGAAGAAAAUGGUCUUAUCAGCUUGGUCGAGGAGCUCUUGGGCCUCCGUUCCAACGAGGACUGCUCCUAG